AUGUCAUCAUCAACAUCACCAAGAACAAAUGAAAGUAGAAGACCACCUCCAACAAUGUGCGAUAAUGUUAGAGCUGCAUCUUUGAAAUGUUCUGAACAAUUUUCAAAAUUCGAGUGCAAAGUAUUUUUUGAAGCUGCAACUAAAUGCAGAUCUACAAAAAUCAAAUUGGAAGACGAAGAAAAAGAAAUUAAAAAAUAUUUAAAGGGGGAUUUAACAGAUUUGCAAAGAAGCUCAUUAGAAAAUAGGCUUGAAGAAAUUAAUAAAACCAAAUCAACACAAUUUCCUGUACCAAUUUAA